AUGUGCAAUGUGCAUGUUCACUACGAUUGCCUUCAGACACCGCAAACCAUCAAAACCAACCAUCACAUUGAUGAGUUAACCCUCCAUGAAUCAAUUGUUGAGGAUGAUUCUGGUGAGUACUACUGCGACAUUUGCGAGCGAAGAAGGGAUCUGGAACUAUGGGCUUACUCUUGCAAAGAAACUGAGCCAAUAUUUCAGGUGAAAUUGAAACCAGAACUUGAAGAGCUGGAUGGAGAAAUUGAAGGCGCACGGCAAGAAGUGGACGCAAUGAAAGCGAAUUUGGAGGAACUGACGGCGAAUCUAGAGCAACUGAAGGCAAAACUGAAGGCAUCGACGGAAAAACUCGAGGCACUGAAGAAAAAGAGCUGA